UCUUUAUUCUCACGCUGAGUGAAGAUGAACCAAAUCCAAAAAAAUAAGCGAGAAACACACAGGAGCAUAGCUCAGAGACACAAACUCAAAAGAAGCUUUGAUUAGGGUUUAUAUACUCCGAAAAUACCUUUCUUUUUCUCUUCAAAAAUGGUCUAAAUUCCUAUAUUUUCCAAAUUCUAGGGUUCCUUUUCUUUUUUUUUUUUUCCAUUGUCUCUCCAUUUUAUCCACUUUCAACUGGGGAUUUAGAGGCUUGAGUUUAAGGCUACACCUAUUCAACCUGCUUUUUGUGCUAGAACUUUUGGUUUCAGUAAUACUAUUAAGAGAUGUAUACUCAAGGGAGUCAUAAUCCUCAGCCACAACAGGGUACUCAAAAGCCCAUGUCAUCCCUAUAUCAGCAGCGCCCACCAGGUCCACCACCUUCUCUACCUCACUUCCAGCAGGGCCCAUUGGCCUAUGCAUUGUAUCAGCAUGGUCCUGCUGCACCUCAUCAAAUUCCACCUGGUGGGUUGCCAAAUACAGGUCAAUCUUAUCUACACCCACCCAUGCAUGUUCAUCGAGGUGCUUUAUUGCCACAUAUGUAUCAGACUGCUCAACAGAACUCACAACAUCAUUCACAGUUAGGGACACAGAAUGCACAUAAUAUGCCACAACUGGUGCUUCCUUCUCCUAUUAGUGCAUCUCACACAGAGCUUUCACAGGCCCAGCCACAUCCUAGAGCAUUACCUCCUCCUCCUCCUCCUCCUCAGUUACAAGGACAAACAUUUUAUAGAGCUCCAGUGAAUCCUCUGCCUCAGAAGCCAGGACUUCCGCAUAUCUCAUCACAUCCACCCCUCCCUCCUACAACUAGUUUCUUUACUCCAGCUCCACUAGGAAGCCUUGUACACUCAACAGGUGGAGACCAUAAUGUGCUGUCUACGGCUUCCCUUCCACUACCACCUCCACCCUCUUCUUCACCGCCUAUUCUACCAUCUCCUCCGCCUUCAACCUCUACUCCUUUUUCAUCUUCUAAGCCUGUCCAAAUUUCUUCCAACUUGCCCUGUAAUUUGGACUCAGAUGGCUCUAAGUUAAGUGCUUCAGGUUCCAUGGAUGAAGUUGCUGCUCCAAAUCAGGUCAAACAUAAUUUAAUUGCAGAUAAUGGCUCUCUGAAUAAGGGAGUGGGGAAUGGCUGUGACAUGGGUUCUCUGGUUGGAGAUAAGUUAUCGUUAGAAGAAUGUUUGACAAAUGAUCACUCUUCCACUCCUCUGAAGCCAACUGAUGAAAAGGUUGUUGAAAGGAUUGAAGCUUUAUGCCAGUGUAUUGCUAAGAAUGGUCCUGAUUAUGAGGAAAUGGUUCGUCAAAAAGAAUCUGGCAAGCCAGAGUAUGCAUUUUUGCAUGGUGGUGAGCUGGGAAGUGAGGCUGCAAUAGCACAUGAUUUUUUCCAGUGGAUGAAAAAGAAAAGUAUUUUGUCAUGUAAAUUAGAUGAACAGCAAGGGAAUUCAACUUUGACGCCUUCAAAAAAUGAGCCUUCAGAGCAACCAUUCAAUUUGGUGAUUGCUGCUGCGUCUUAUUUGCCUGAUGAUUCUGACAUGGAGAUGGAAGAUGAUAUCACCCAAAUUGAUGAUGAGCAGGAAACAAAUCGGUCACUUGGAGGCCUGGACAGUCAGUGUGAUAUCAAUAACAACAUGCUUAACGUAAAAGAGCAGUUACAUCCACUGAAGAUAUCAGCAGAAUGCAAUUCAUACAAGGAUGUUUCGUCUGAAAAAGAAUCAGCUGCUGGCAGUUCAGGAUUGGGUGAACAAGGUCCAGAAGGUAUUGCCAAUGCUGACAAAGAGGCAAUUGGGGCAGCAGUUUCCAAAGUUAUUGCAGUCAAGAAUUUAGCUGUACCUACCGAGCAGCCCGUAGUCACUAGUUUGGAGAAAUUAGAUACUUCCAGUCAACUUGCAAAAGGUGGCAGUCCAUUCAGACUUCUGCAAGACUAUGCUUCUGAUGACAACUCAGAAAAAGAUGUUGAGAUCUGCAUUGAAAGUACACGUGUUUCGUUAGGUGCUAAUUUGCAUAGAGAUGCUGGGUCUAGUUUGGAGAAUGUUAGUAGUCACUGCAUGACUGAAAAGGGGUUUGGACCACUCUAUAUAUCAAGCAUGCCAUGUGCAGUUGCGAGUUCAGAAGUGGUUGAAGGCACUGUCACAACCACUAGUGUAAAUGGGAAUGAACGUGCUAAUAAUAAGCACGUACAUCAAAUUUCUAUUUGUCAUGCUGCUUCUGUGGAGGUUUUCCAGAAGGAAAAUGUCAUGGUUGGUGCUAGUGUUGACAGUGCUAGGUUUAGCAAGGUAAAUAGGCAAGAGGAAGAAAAUGGGACUCUUGGUUUCACUCAACAGAAAGUAGAUAAGUUUGGGCGAUUGGCCAGGGAUGGUGCUAGUGAUAGUGAUGAUGAUUCACACUAUAUUGGGACGCAUAGAAGAGGCAGAAGUUGGACCAGAAGUCAGAGCCGUUCACCUCCUGAUAGAAGAAGGAGAAGUCCACGGAGGAGAAGGGAGAAGCGAAGCAGAUCUCGCAGCUGGUCUCCAAGAAAUCGUAGAAGCAGGAGCAGGUCUCUGAGAAAUCGUAGAAGCAGGAGCAGGUCUCCCAGAAAUCGCAGAAGCAGGAGCAGGUCUCCUAGAAAUCAUAGGAGCAAGAGCAGGUCUCCUAAUUUUCGGCGGGCAGGUAAAUUCAUUGGUGAGAAUAAGAGACGAGUGAAGGGACAGAUGCCUGACUGUUUUGACUUUCGUCGAGGCAGGUGCUACCGCGGAGCAUCUUGUCGUUAUCUGCACCGUGAUUUUAGCAAGGGUGAUGAACCAUUGCGGCAAAGGAACAAACAGCAGUAUCUGGAGUUUCCUCAGAGUUCUAGGACUAAUAUUCCUGAAGAGAUCAAGCGGAUCUCUGAGAGGGUAGGUGAUCACGAUCAUGAUGAAGUUAGAGAUCCAGAAGUGAAACCGUAUAGUGAUUUUUUCGCUUCAAGAGAUAUGAAUAUUAAUCACAAAAGAGAAGAUUCUGUUGGUGGAGGUGUUAAUAUUAAUCACAAAAGAGAAGAUUCUGUUGGUGGAGGUGUUCAUAAUCAAGAUAGUCAAUCAACUGAGUAUCACAUAGUUACAUCUGAGAAAUGUAGAGAUAUUCCUGCCCCUGUGUUCGGAGGACAUUUGGUAGAAAACAAGCAGGAAGGACCUAGUGCUGUCACUAACGAGGAUUGUCAACAAGCAGCAGAAUUGCACCACCCUUCAAUUGUUGAUGCCUCGUCGGUUGGUUAUAUUGAUAAACUGAAGUCAUGUGAUAAUGCCUCUAUGAAAAUACUUUUGUCUUUCAAAAAUUCUGGCCAGAAGUCUCUCUCCAGUCCUUUAGAUCAGGUGUGUCAAAAUGCUGAUUGCCCGCCUCUACAAUCAGAUAACUCAUCUAUAUCUGAUUCUUCUCCACUUAAAACUACUACAUCCUCACCAAAUAGGCAUACAAAGAGCAAUGCUCAUCCAAAUACAAUGGAGCUCUAUAAUCAUCCUUCUCAAAUACCCUCCCCUUCUUUCCCACACUCACAGUGUAUAGAUAAUCCACAUAUGAAACAGCAUCAGACUGCAUCUUCCAUGUUUCAAUCUUCUGGGGAAAGCUUUCCUUCUUACAUGUUACCCAACCAACAUUCUUACUUUGCUCUACAGCCAAAUUCCUCUUCAACUUCCUUGCCUCCACCAUCACCAUUGCCACUACAGGAUGCAACUGUAAAUUCAGGAACUGUAACUCCUGGCGUUUCUUCACAUUUUCAGCAGAGUCACUUGCCUCUGAGGAAUGAUUUUGGUUCCCAGAUUGGUCCAAGAUCUUACCCAACUGAAUUUCCUGUACAUUCUCAGUCUGAUGGGUUUCAGCAACAAGCUUAUCUACCAAUUCGGGAAGCAAAUCGACCUUUCUUGCAUGCUUCUUUGCCUGUCUAUAACAUGCCUAUUCAACAAUUUGGAGCUCCUAGUAUGUCUAGAGAUGAUGGCUUAACACAACCUCCAACACACAAUGUUAUUGCUUCAAAUUCCUUUGCUCAGGGCAACACUCAUCCUCAUACUAUACCCUUUUCAGAACAGUUGCUGGGAAACAAAAUGCAACCAUUUCCUGGUGAGAGUUUGCCAUCAGGUGUCCUUUCAAACUCGUCUUCAUAUAUUCAUCCUUAUUCACAGCAGCAACAAACACCAAACAGUUCACAGCACCCUAUGGUUGACAAUAUUCAUAAUCUUACUGGGAAGAUGAAUUCUUCCAUGAAAGAUCCACCAGAUAUUAGGGACACAACAUCCCACCAUGUUGAUAUUGGAGGAUCAACUAGUUCAACUUUUCCUGAUCCAUAUGCAUCUGCACUUGACCAGCCACUAAAUUCUAAAUACAGUUCUGAUGUUCUCAGGCAAGAAAAAGAUAAAACCUACAAUAACAGUCCUUUCAGUUUGACUCAUGGUCCGGUCGAUGGGAGAAGUAUUGGAUCACAACAAGCAACUUCCUCACCCAAUUCUGCUAGGGCCAUUGGGCAGAAUUUUCCUAGAUCAGGUGGUGACCAGUAUGAUCCUCUUUUUGAUAGCAUUGAGCCAUCUUCAAGGUUAUCCAGAAAAUUUGAUUAUAUUCAAAAGUUGGAAGUGACUGGUGAUUCUGACAUCUUAUUGGGGCUUACCGGUUCCAACAAACCAUUGGAUAUUGAGGAAAAUGACAAGAGGAAAGAUGGUGGAGCUGCUGCUUCUGCAGCAUCUGCAGAUAAUGAGGAAUUUGGUGAGACUGCUGAUGCUGAAGUGGGAGACGUUGAGAAUGGAAGCCCUAGUAAUCAAGUUGAAGUUAACAUGACUACUGGUGAGAUUGAGAUUGAUCAGAUAAAGUCUCCAGGGAAGAGCAAAGAGAACAAAGGUUCGAGAUCAAUGAAGCUUUUCAAGGUUGCCCUUGCAGAUUUUGUAAAGGAGGUUUUAAAGCCAUCAUGGCGACAGGGUAAUAUGAGCAAGGAGGCUUUUAAGACUAUUGUCAAGAAGACUGUUGAUAAGGUGUCAGGAGCUAUGAAGAGCCACCAGAUACCUAAAUCUCGUGGAAAGAUUGAUCAAUACAUUGAGUCAUCUCAGCGGAAAUUGACGAAACUUGUGAUGGGUUAUGUUGAUAAGUAUGUCAAAGUGUAAGACUUGGCAUCAACAUUUUGAUCCCUGGCAUUUUCACUGGAGUAGACUUCUGAUUAGACACGUGAGUUUCUUUCCUUCCAUGUGCCUGUGGCAUUGAAGCUUUGAAAACUAAUGUGUUUGUUGCAGCGCUUUGAGAAAGGAUGAGAAAUUUUGAGUUGGUGAUGUUAGAAGUUGGUUUGUAUAGUCUGUAAAGGUGAUCAAGGCAAGAGAUUAUUUAUCAGUCUCAGCAAAACCCAAAGGAGGAUCCAGAAAGGUGUGUUUAAUUUUCACAUGAAUAUGAUGAACAUCUUGUCUUUCUUUUGGUUAAAAAUAGUGAACCAAGAACGAAAAGGAAUCAAGUUUCUAUAGUAUUUUGUUUGUAUAUCAUUCCCUGCUUGUAGAUAUCUAGUGUUUUUCAUUGGCUAUGCGAUCAUUGUGAGGAGAAGUGAUGCUUUAUAUGGAAACUUGCAUAUGUCAAAAGGGAAUUGGUUGAA